UGUGUCCUCAACAUGGAGCACAUGUCAUCACCAGUUCGCUUUCGUAGCAACAAUAAAGGUCUGUUGUCUUUUAUUUUUCAAAUUUAAAAAUUUUAAAAUUCGUACGACUUUAUUUGACCUUCCAUCACUUGUUUACACUCGCUUAUAAAUAGGCUAUGGUGUAUCUUUACAAGCAGUUUACUUUCUGCUCGGUUCUAAUGACCAUUCUUACACACUGUUGCACAUUUAUUUCAUAGCCUUUUUAUAUAUUUUAUAGUCUAUUAAGUGUAUGUUUGGGAAAGAUAUUUCAUUUCACGCCGUGCUGAUUCAAAGAUGCAUGAUGUAUGUAUGGAUGUAUAAUCAGCAAUACAAUUGUGUUUGUAUGUAUGUGCGCAGCUGCAACUUUGUCAGAAAACGAGCUAUCGAGUCUUCGCGUGAAGGACGAGGAUAGUGUUCCUUUCCCCUUUGCCAGUAGAAUCCCGCCAACCGCCUCGCACUCCCUUCCCCCGGCCUGCCCCUCGUCACCGGACCGUUCCUUUGCGCCCGCCACGAGGACGCCCAUAUGGCAGCGCUCACUGGACUCGCCACUUAGCCCUGCCUCUCGCCCCCGCAGCCCAUGGGGACUCUUUGACCCGUAUGACUCGCCCGAGGAUCAGGACAAAGAAUACGUCGGCUUUGCCAUGUUGCCCAAUCAAGUCCAUCGAAAAACCGUGAAAAAAGGUUUCACCUUCACGCUGAUGGUUGCAGGCGAAAGCGGCCUGGGCAAGUCGACGCUGAUCAACAGCUUGUUCCUCACCGAUCUUUACAAAGAGCGAAAGAUUCCUAACGCGGAAGAGCGCAUCAGCCAAACAGUCAGCAUGGUAAAGCACACCGUGAGCAUUGAGGAGAAAGGCGUCAAGCUGAGGCUGAGCAUCAUUGACACACCGGGUUUCGGCGACGCCGUCAACAACAUGCAAAGCUGGAAGCACCUGGAGGACUACGUGGAGCAGCAGUUCGAUCAGUUCUUCAGGGACGAGAGUGGCCUGAAUCGCAGGAACAUCCAAGACAACCGCGUUCACUGCUGCCUCUACUUCAUCUCGCCUUACGGACACGGCCUACGGCCCCUGGACGUGGAGUGCAUGCGGGCAUUGCACGAUAAAGUCAACAUUGUUCCUGUUUUGGCCAAAGCAGACUGCCUGACGAGGGAAGAGUUGUGCAGGAAAAAGAUCAAGAUCCGUGAGGAGCUACGUCGCUUUGGGAUCAACAUUUACCAGUUCGCCGACUGCGACUCAGAUGAAGAUGAUGACUUCAAGAGGCGCGAUCAGCUUCUCAAGGACACAGUCCCAUUUGCAGUUGUCGGCAGCAACAUCCUGGUGGAGAGCAAAGGCCGCAGAUUCAAGGGUCGCGUGUACCCCUGGGGUGUGGUUGAAGUGGAGAGUCCAGCCCAUUCCGAUUUCCUGCUUCUGCGGGAUAUGCUGGUGAGGACGCACAUGCAAGACCUGAAGGAUGUGACCCGCGAGAGCCACUACGAGAACUACCGAGCGCACUGCAUCCAGAACAUGACGCGCAUGGUGGUCCGAGAGCGCGAACGGAGCAGUUUGCGGGAAAAGGCUCGAGAAGCAAGCGACGUGGACGUCCCGCUGCCACUCGCAGCAUUCGACGUGGAGAAGGAAAGGCUCAUUUUUGAGAAAGACCAGGAGCUGAGGAGGAUGCAUGAGCUUCUGGAGAGGAUUCAGGAGCAGAUGCACAGCAGCCGCAUAUGAAGAUGAGACGAUGUGACGCUUCUCAGAAACAUCUGCAUAUUUUCAUUGCCUACUUUUCAUUUUGUUUCUACUGCCAUCUAGCGGCCGUCGUAGUCGAUCAUAUCUGUUUUGUAAAUUAUAUACUUAAUAAAUAAAAUUUAAAAAGCAGUACAAUUUGGGGAAUCGGGCAGAGGUGGGAAACGUAGCCAAAAAACUUACUAAGUAAGAGUAGGGGUACUUGUAAAUAAUAUUACUCAAGUAAAAAUAAAAGUAGUCAUCCAAAAAUUUACUCAAGUAAAAAAAGGAUUCGUUGAAAAGAACACGAGUAACAUUGUGAGUAACAGCUUACAAUGCCUGCUUUUUUUUUUUUUUUUUUAAACAUACAGUGGUACUUCGACAUACGAUGUCUUCGACUUCCGACAUAAAAUGUGACUCGCCAUUUGUUUCUACAUCAGACGACAUUUUCAAAACAUGACGAUUCAUGACUGGGCCGGUUUGUUUUCCCGCAAGACGGACGCAUGGCAGAUUUUCUUGUGAGAAAAUCAACAUGGGUUCCAAGAAUGAUAGUGCAGGUCAUGAAAAAAAGGAAAAAGGCAAGGCUUACCAUUGAAAUGAAGAUGGAAAUGAUAGAAAAAUACAUGUGCGCGUCCUUGAACUGGCUCGACAAUAUUGCCAUAAAAUGUCUACAAUCUCGAUGGUCCUCCCAUGAAUGUCGGUCUUUAAAAAAUAAGGUGACAAUUAUUAUGAUUGUAACAUCGCAAAAAAAAAAAAAAAAAACGCCAGCUUUGUCAGGUUUUUAAUCAUUUAUUUCAGAACUUGUGUAACACAACAUGCUUACUGUCCCCCGCAGCUGAACAUGAAAAGUGAAAGUCCUCUCUCACUGUCACGUCAGCCACUCUGUGCGUUCAGGUACACCACGCAAAACACAUUCGCCAGAUUAGAACCCGAUUUGUUACAUUAUUACAGGUAUUAUUAUUACUAUUAUUAUUCAUAAUUUAUUUGUUUUGCUCUGUAAUUGCUAUUUGCAAUAGUACCAGCAGUAUUUAUUAAGAAUUUAGUGUAGGUUUUCGAGUUGUAAUGUAUUCUUGUGGGAAAAUCCUGCUCAACAUACGACCAUUUUGACUUACAAACAUGGUCCUGGAACUAAUUAACUUCGUAUGUAGAGGUAGCACUGUAUAUAUUUUUUUCUUCAGCACAAUAUCCUUUAUAUACUGUAGUUAUUAUACUAUAAACUAUCACAUGACCAUAUUAGGCCUAAAAGUUGUCACAAAAAUAAUUGAAUUCAGACCACAACACUAUGAAACAUCGCCCGUCUAAAAAGCAUGAGCGCCCUCUAGUAGAGAAAAAAAAAAAAACUUACUUCUGAUAGGUAUAAUGGACGCAUGUCGUUUUUGUUGAAAC